AUGGCUGUAGUUACAGAACGCCGCGCGAAGAAAACGGUAUCUCGACUCGAACACUCGUUGCUUUUACAACCUGUUCAAGACGCCAUGCCCUUCAACCCCUCGAACCAAACUCCUGGGUUUAAUCACUCCCAUGCCGCCGAGACCACCACCACCACACCAAGCCCCACAGAACGAACCGAGCCCUUCCAAGGUAGCCUAACUAGCCAGGAACCUACUGCUCAACAUCACAGCAACGCAAGCAAGAAAAGACGCUCUCCCAAAACCAAAGCUUCUGGAGAGCUUCGCAAGUCCACCUCGACUCCCCACAUGCGUCACCUAGCCCUUGCCAAUCCCGGCGACCUGUCGCCAACAAGCAACAAACCGCGCAACAAGCUGGGCUAUCAUCGAACUUCGGUUGCAUGUGGACAUUGCAGAAGGCGCAAGAUUCGAUGCCUGCUGGCGCCAGAUGAUCGUCAUGGCCGCUGCUCAAACUGCAUUCGACUGAAGAAGGAAUGCAACUUCUAUCCAGUCGAGCAUAACGCCGAUAUGCCACAGUCGCAAUCCAUCUCGUCCAAAUCAAACAGCGCAGUGCAGCCAGCCACACCGGUUUCCACAUCACCCAGGCACCCUCUUUCCGCCUCUGGAGACGCAAUGGGCGACUUCAGGACGCCUUUCUCAGGGCCACCUUCAGCGGCGCAACCUCUGAGCUAUGGCUACCCCAUGGAACUCGAAAACGAUCCACAUCACGCACCCGGCUCCAACGGUUUAGCCGUGCAACAGCCUUCCUACCCUUACCCACCCCCUAUUGAUACUCAGUGGCCGCCGACCAACAGCUUCUUGCCAUCUUCUACCGUAGCUGAAAGUCCAUCAUGGCGACAUUCGCCUUCGACAGUAAAUUCUGCAUAUGGAAGUGAAUCCAAUGUUUCAGGUGGACACACUCCAGCUGCCAUGAGCACAAGCUCCACCAUGUCCUACGGUCCUCAAGAUGGACACUGGGGGCAACAGCCCUCAUUCCAACCACCGGCUCGUUCAAUGUCCUACGGAAACAUCGAGGGCCUUCCACAGCAGUAUCCUGGUCAGGGCCUGGGCAUUCAAAGCGAUAAUUACCGACGAACCUCUCCAUAUCCUUUCCCCGCAACAAUAGACACAAACCACUCUACCAUACAUGCGACCACGCUGAGCAGUUCAGGUCCCGCGCCCCUUUCUGCGCCUGUGGCCCCAAAUCAUUCUUACUACCCGCCAACGUGGACUUCAUACGAUUCGAUGCCAAGCCAUGGCGCACCAAUACCCUCGUCUGCGCGAUCAAUGAGUGCGCAUUGGUUUGCAGAGCCGGGACACUUGGAUCGCGUCCAAGAAGAGGCAACACCCCCGGUUGGAUUUAGCCAGUCAGGCUUACCACAAUUCUACUCGGCAUCUUGA